AUGUUCAAAUGCUACUCAACCUUGCUUCCGCUGCCUUCUUUUCUUGCAGGGCAGCCGGGAUACAGCAACCAUAUGACCGAUCAUUACUACGCCCUCCAUUAUCAGGUACUGCCGCAACGGGAAUACAAUUUGCACUUGCUGCCGCAGAAACAGCCACGCCAAGAGACCAGUGCGUCCCGAAGAAAUUUCGCACAAGACGGAUGA